AUGACUCCCAGCGGUAGCCUACUCCCCGAUGGGCAGGACAGCAUCUUUCGCCUUCGGGAAGCCAAUCCCAGUGACGCUCCGGCCAUGGCCCAAAUUUGCAUGGAAGCCUUUGCCUCUGGUCCCAUUGCCCGCGGCCUCCAUGGACAGACGGGUUUUAGCGAAGCAGGUCGAGCUUCCAUGCAAGCUGGCAUGGAAAGCGAUCUCAGGGCAGGUAACUCCAGCACAGUGAGAUACGUAGUAGCCGAGCUGGUGGACAAUUGCUCCAAUCCGGCUUCCAUGCCCUCCAAUACGUCUGGUGACCGGCCAUGCCAAACGCCCAGCACGUUGAUCGGCUUUGCAAAGUGGCUGUUCUACCCGGAUCCAGCAAAGUCCGCGCAGGGUCCCACGACUGUAUCGACUUCUUCUCUCGACGAGGGAUCAAACCUGGGUCUAGCACAGGCCUUUUUCGGAGGGUGCCACGAGCUUCGACAACGGUACAUUGAGCGUGAGGCGAGACGGCAUUGCAUUCUGACCAUUUUGGCUGUUAGUCCAACGAGACGAGGACUUGGUGCUGGCUCUGCUCUGGUGGGCUGGGGCACGGAUUUGGCGGACCGUGAGGGAUUGGACUGCUGGCUGACCAGCACUCCGGUAGGGUAUGGGGUGUAUCGAAGGGCUGGUUUUGGCGAUGUAGAUGUCUUGGACUUGGUUUUGGGGCGUUGGGGGCUGGGCAAGGUGGAUGGUGAGGAUUGGGGGGAGAUGUUGGCGGUGGAUGGAUUUGGUGGUGUUGGAGGAGGCUUGUAUCGUGUGGUGUUGAUGUGUAGGAGGGCGUUGAAUGGGUAG